GACGUGGUGGUGGUCGGGGAAGAAAACUUCACCACUCCGUGCUAUAUCCAGCUGGACCCAGAGGCCUGCCAUAUCCUGACAGAAACCCUCAGCACCUACGCCUUGGUGGGACAGUCAGUCACCAAAGCAGCAGCCAAACGUCUCAAACUGGCCAUCUUUGGACCGCUGUCCUGCUCUUCGCUGGAGUACAGCAUCCGGGUGUACUGCCUCGAUGACACGCAGGAUGCCCUCAAGGAGGUCCUCCAGCUCGAGCGGCAGAUGGGCGGGCAGCUUUUGGAGGAGCCCAAAGCUUUGCAUUUUAAGGGAAGCACCCACAACCUCCGCCUGUCCAUUCAUGACAUUGCCCACUCUCUCUGGAAGAGCAAACUGCUGGCUAAAUACCAGGAGAUUCCCUUUUACCACAUCUGGAGUGGAUGCCAGAGGAACCUGCACUGCACCUUCACGCUGGAAAGGUUCAGCCUGAAUACCCUGGAGCUGGUGUGCAAACUCUGCGUGCGGCAGGUCGAAGGAGAAGGGCAGAUCUUCCAGCUCAACUGCUCUGUCUCAGAGGAACCUGCUGGCGUCGAUUAUCCUCCUAUGGACUCGGCAGGCACCAUCACCACCAUAGUAGGGCCCAGCGCUUUCAGCAUCCCCCUCCCGAUAAGGCAGAAGCUGUGCAGCAGCCUGGACGCGCCCCAGACCAGAGGCCACGACUGGCGGAUGCUGGCCCACAAGCUGAAACUGGACAGGUACCUAAAUUAUUUUGCUACGAAAUCAAGUCCCACCGGGGUGAUCUUGGAUCUCUGGGAAGCCCAGAAUUUCCCUGACGGCAACCUGAGCAUGCUGGCCGCUGUUCUUGAAGAAAUGGGAAGACACGAAACCAUUGUUUCUUUGGCAGCAGAAGGAAAUUACUGAUGCAGCCUCGGCGUGAACAGGAAGGACAGACGCAGGGAGCAGUAAUGCCCUGUUACUACAAACCAGAAUUGAAAUGAAAAACCAGACCAAUGAGUUACACAACAGACAUUUCAGAGAAGAAAGCAAGCAAACAAACAGACAGAAAAAAACCAGCCCUGACCUUCACACGUGCUCUCCUUGUACAUUAUCACAGGAUCGAAAAGAAAUCAUGCGAAGUUGUACCUUGAAAAUAUAAAUCAACCUAAUGUUCCUCUUGGCUUGGCUGUACGCUGCUUGGUACAGGAUUUUACAGUUUCCUAGGAAACGCUUUUUAUUGCUAUCCAGAUAUAUGGAUAAACUUUCUUAACAAUCCCAGUUUCUAUGGAUGUUGUUUACAUCAAAUUCUGGACAGGGGUAAGGAGAUUGUCCAUGGCUCUUUAUAUUUUUUGUUUAAAGCCAUUCUAGACAAGGCUAUGGACAGUUGGUUGUGGCUAUUGCAGCUUAUU